UCCGGAAGAGAAGCGUUGGUGUAUAUACCGGCAUGGAGUACAUGCCAUAUGUUCAUACAGAGCAUCCACAUCCAAAGAGGAACGAAGACGUGGUAUUGCUUCGAGCUCUCUUGGAGUGUCUGUCCCACCGCGAUCUAUUGGUCGGCUUCCGACAAACCACUCGAUCGCGAGUUGACUGAUAACAAAAUGCCCGGCAUGCGAGCUUCCCGAGCCCGCCUUUAUCGGGACCCCGUCCUUAUCACGGUACCCCGUAUCUCUUGCCAAAACACAUCGUGCCGCGUGGACGAUCCCCAAGCUUGCAACGCCCGUUUGUCUAUCUCUUUCGUCACACGGUUGAAAGCCGAAUUGCUCUCGUUAGUGAGAAAGAAACGCGCCUCACGGCUUGGCUUCAACGCAACCGCUCCAAGGCCAGUUAUUCGGGCUUUCCGUCUUUGGAUUUGCGCUUGUUUUCGAGCCAGAACUGGCGUGUGCGUUGUAUGAAAUCGCACGUAUACCAGCAGCUGGGGCUGACGCAUAGCCCAGUGGAUUCCACCGCGACGCAGUGAAGCCGGCAAAAAAAGGCGUUCUAUGAGUACAAAGGCUGCCGACGGAGUUCGAGCAGGUAAAGGGACUAUGUGCGCUGCGCAGGCUUCGCCCCGGACAGCCCAGAGACGACGCUGCCAGACCACACCACCUGAGGCUGCCGCGAUGGUGGCUGCGGGGAUAGGCGGGCACAAGAGGAAGCAGCUGAGCCUGGCGUACGAGGAACUGACGACUGUGCCGUACAGCCUCAUCGAAAAGUACACUGCCGACGUGGAGGUGCUGGACCUGAGUCACAAUCGACUGACGGACGUUCGCUUCCUGUCGCACUUCGAGCGCCUUCACACGGUGAUCCUGGACCACAACUGCCUGAGCUGCCUGAGCGUGGUGCCGAUGCUGCCGACGCUGCAGGUACUCUGGCUCAACUACAACCGGCUCCUCAGCCUGACGGUGUUCGUGCCCGGCCUGUCCCGGAGCUGCCCGCAGCUGCGCGUACUCAGCCUCAUGGGGAACGAGCUCGCGCCAUCCUUCCUCAACAACGGCACGGCCGAGCAGAACGCCAACUACAGGCUGUACGUGAUCGCGCAUUUCCCGAGGUUGGUGUUCCUGGACGACCGGCCCGUGCUUCACGACGAGCGCCGCAAGGCGCACGCCGUGGGGCACCACAUCUCCGAGAUGCUGCACGCCCAUGAGGCCACCGUCACCCGAAACAGCCUCAAGGGAGUGGCGCGGUGAUCGUCGCCGGCGUGGCUAUAGACAUGUGUGUGUGUAAUAUUUGGGACGUCCACAUGUCCGGCUCACUCGACGCUGGCAACAUGGUGCACGAGUACGACAGUGGGAACUCUAUAAUGUCGGCGCUAUGGUAUAUAAUGACGGUGAAAAGGAAAGAUCCCUCGAUUAAAGUGUAGCAGGCGCCGUCGUAGGGGUGGACGAAGGCCUUCAAGCGGAAAGACAAGUGGUUCGGACGGUCACCUUCUUAUCUUUAUUGCCCGCUGUCUCUUCCCGUCUCGGUCCCUCGCGACAUCCUCGUCUUCAUAUUUACUAGGUGCAAGUAUUAAUAGCAGACGACAGCCAUUCUGCUGGAGUCAACAGACGGCCCACGAGCUUCGUGCAGGGAGAGAUAAACAGAGAGAAAGGAUGUACUGAAAGGCAGGGAGGUCAACAAGAGGCAGUUCUGGUUGUCUAUCCUUCACGGAGCGAAAUGGUAUAAGGACAUAGAUAGAGAGGGAGAAAGUCAUUGUUCAACUCUAGCUGCACGUUUGGUGCGCAUCUACAGGUAUAUGUUGUGAGUAUAAACGAGAAGGCACGCAAAAAGUGGCACUGGAAGUAUAGGAUGUCAGCGCAUAUGGAGGAGAGGAACGGCCAUCCACUUGGUCCGCGGAAGUGGAGUCUAUAGCAGUCAGUCAGGUGGGAGGGGUCGCCUUUCUGGACAUUCGGAAGACUUCCGCUCCAGGCAUAGCAAGAAAGCUGAGUGCCCCCUUUUCCGCUAUCAAGAACCUACGAUGCCCCUGUUCUCAAGACCAGUCACCCUUAAUACCAAAUAUUUUUCAGGCGUUAUGGCUCAUUCAUUCAAGGGCCUUGAAGGUGAUACUGUGCUUUUAAGAUCACUGGGCUUGUUUGAGCGCCUUUGUGUGACAUUGUCCUUACGCUCUCGCUGUUAAUUCACCAAUUCAUAUCUCCCUCUUGGAUUUCUGUUCACCAUUUUCUUCCUUAGGUGUACCCAACCAGACACGCGUUCUUCUGACCAACCUACCCUUUAUUAGCUCCCUGUGCAUCUGUAUAGUGUCGGACAGGGGCCGGUGCAUUCCAAGAAUUUCCAGCGUAUGGACGCGAAGUGCUAAACCAGCUCGGCCACUUGAUCAGCGCGAAAUAAUGGAUAACUGCGUUAAGAAAACGCAUCAUAGCGCUGGCUUUAUUUGAGGACAAAAAAAAAGUUUAUAUAUGACACAGUCAUUCGUCCUUUCGCACUGCGCAAAAUGACACCAUACCAACUGCCCUUCGGCAAACCCUGUACGUGCUGGUCGUAUACCUGAAUAUCAAGGCGUAAAUACUUGAGGUUGUUUGCAAAGCCAUAGCUAAGGCCCACAGGAGAGACGGAGAGACUUCAAAUCGCCCUGAAAAAAAAAUAUAUCCUCGUAGCUGCAAUAUGAUAAGUGUGUGGUGCAAGCCAUCGCGUGUCAGUCAACAAUCAUGUGAAUGUAUAACCGCUGUAGACCGGUUUUUGUUUCGUCGAUAACUCGACGACCCGGUGAGAUCUAGGUCCCAAUGCAUACUUUUCGUUAGCGGCACCAAUAAAAGCGGCGACGUGCCGUUUUAUAGCCAUACUUCACAUGUAGUCAUAUUCAGACUGUUCGAGUAGCAACGACAUCCCACUCAAAGUGUCUGCAAGCGUUGGUGGUGGUCGUCACUUGACUGUGACCGUGUUCGUGCUUCCUUAAAAAAUGAAAAAAAAAACUUUAAAAAAAACACGCUCUUUGUAUAAACAUCAGUAGCAGGAAAGUCGCCGGAGCUAAAUUCAGCGAAGCUCACCCAGGUGUCAACGCAAUGUUACUCGCAGGCAAUUAGUGCAGAUGAAACGAUGGCGGCUCAGCUGCUGCAGUAAUGGACAGGCGUUAAAGCACUGAAUCAACACUCGAGACAGCCCAUAUAAAAUUGGAGUAUCGUGCUUGUAAUUUUUCGCACGAUUUUGCGUACACAGUCGCUAUACAGUGGUCGCUGCUAUAGGCUCUCAUCCGAAUUCGAGAGACCAGUCUGUAACACUCAGUUCUAUAAAAGGCCUUCACUAAAUCGGGCCGACGAGUCAUCGUAGACGUGAAACAUUUCGUCAAGCAGCCAAGACGUUUCAUUUUGCCUCAGCGCUGCUGUUUCAGCGAAGUACAAAUGUAUGGUGAUGUCAGUAAAACGCUGCCAUUGGGUUUACCAGUCUCGCUGGCAAUAAAUCAUAUUAUUGCAUA